AUGGAAGAGCCGCAAAACGAUGCGGCGGGCGGAUUGAGCCAGACCGAUGCGGCGGUUGAGAAGCCGCGGGACGAUGGCUUCAAGCUGAAAUUUUGCACCGUCUGCGCGAGCAACCAGAACAGAUCGAUGGAAGCUCAUCUGCAACUUUCCAAGGCAAACUAUCCAGUCAUUUCAUUCGGCACCGGCUCCCUGGUCCGCCUGCCCGGCCCGACGAUCACGCAGCCCAACGUCUACAAGUUCAACUCGACCUCGUAUGACGCAAUGUACAAGGAGCUCGAAGGCAAAGACCGCAGGCUGUACACAGCCAAUGGAAUUCUUAACAUGCUUGAGCGGAACCGUAACGUCAAGCGCGGACCCGAGCGCUGGCAGGACUGGCAGAUCGGGAUCCCGCGGCUGGAGCACGCCAGCGACCGGGGCAGCGAGGGCACUGAGGCUGGGGUUGUGGAUAUUGUCUUUACUUGUGAGGAGAGAUGCUGGGAUGCGGUGGUGGAGGACCUGCAUGCGCGGGGAUCGCCACUGAACCGACCGGUUCACGUCAUCAACAUCGACAUUAAGGAUAACCACGAGGAGGCGGCGGUUGGAGGUCAAGGGAUACUUGAUCUUGCCAACUCCCUGAACAAGGUUGCGGCCGAGGAGAGGGACAAGAUAGGCGCGGCCGGAUUCGACAGCGGUAAUGCGGCUGCCAGGUCUGGUUUUGACGAGAGAGUCCCUGAUGUGUUGGCAGAGUGGCAGGAGAGGUGGCCGAAUCUGCCUGCCACCUGGACACUGGCGUGGUUUUAA